AUGCUCGCAGCGCUUCCUCAGCCCGGCCUAGCCCUUUUCCCCGGUUUCACUACCCAACGGCCAGAGAUCUUCUUCGUCAAGGCUGAUAGUAGUUCGUCGACGAAGGCACGUUACCAAAUCUCGGUUGCCUCUCCUGCGGGUGCUCCAGGCGCACCGCUCAUGCCCAUCGAUGAAGAAGAGAAGGAAACAAUCAUCUUUCGUCUGCCGAACGGCCAAGAAGCAAUGAGAAUAGCCAAGCAGCCGCAUAGAUGGAGUGGAAAGAGCUCUGGCAUCUGA